AUCUACACUGAUGCAGAUUGGGCAGGCUCAUCAGUAGACAGAAGAUCUAUUUUGCUCGACUUCAGAGGAAAAAUGAAAGAUUUUGCAUUAACCCGUAGCAAGAAAGAUUUGAACUUGCUGAGCCUCUCAGAUGGUGGAUCAUCCAAGAGGAGACAGAGGGUUGGUGAACCUGAUAUGGUUUUCUUGGGAGAAUUUUUUUGUGAAAGUGAAGGCAAAAGGGUCUCUGUUUCAAGUAGUGAAGGUACAGGGAAAAGGGAAUCUGGAUCUCGAGCUUCAUCAUCUAUAUCCAAGGGGAAACAGAGGAGCAAAAGUGGUUUGAAGGGUAAAAGGGUGGAUGAAUCCGAUUGCGAGGUUGAAGGAGAAUUGGCCUCUGUUUCUGUUAGUAAACGUCUGAGGGAAUCGUUUGAUGAUGUGCCUGAACCUAUAGAAGUGAUUGAAAUUGAUGAGAGUGAUGAUGAUAAUGGUACUGAAGAGGGAUUGAAGCAUUCUGAGAAGAGGUUUCAGGAUGUUAAAAGGGAGGAAGACAAGAAUGAAGAAGGUAAAGGAAGUUAUAUGUCUGCUGAUAAAGUUGAAAACUUUGGCAAUGAUGGUUGUGGUUUUGGAGCUGAAAACCCAAUUACAUUUGAUUCAGAUGGAGAUAAUUUGAGUGAGGAAGAACAUGGUUCAGAUGGAGAUAAUGAGAGUGAGGAAGAACAUAGUUCAUAUGGAGAUAGCCAGAGUGAGGAAGAAGAUAGUACAGAUGCUGAUUAUCUUACGCCUUCAUCGGAGGAGGGCGAGGAUGAAGAGACUAGUGAUGAAGAUUUUCAAGUUGAUAAUAUGAGUGAAAGCAGUGAAGUUAGUUUUACCGCUUGUGAUGAUGAGGAGAAGAUGAUGAAGAAGAAGAAGAAGCUGAUGACUAAAGUGGAGACUGAAAGUAGUGGAAUUUGCAGAAAAAAUGAUGGAAUAAGGAAAGGUAAGAAGAUAGAGGAGGGAGAGCUUUCGAAUACUCCAUCGUCUGUGAAUAAUAAUGAAUGUGGUGAACAAGAUAAAGAUGAAGGGAAGAAAUCAGAUUCUGUUGAAGUGGUAUUGAGUGGAUGUUCUUCCAAGCUGUAUGAAGAGAAAGCAAAGAAACAAGAUGAAAAGAGACUGAAAAGAACAGCUGAAAAUGUCGAUGCUGAUGUUGAAGUCUUGGGUGGUUAUCUUUCUGAAGAUGAAGCACAAAAGGGUACUAAGGAACAAGAUAGAGAUUCAAAUAAGUUGAAUAAGAGAAAGAAAAAUGAUGCCAACAACAAUGCUAAUGGAAAAGAGCAUCAUGACAAAGAUACAGGUGUGAGAGGUGUUUCUUCUUUGCUAAGAAACAAAGAGAAGAUAGGAGAUUCAGCUAAAGUUAAAAUCAUGGAGAACAAUAAGAGAAAGGAGUAUAAAGAUUGGGUAAGAAUCAGUAAUCGUGAAAGGAAGGUUUUUGUGGAUGAUGAAAUUGGUCACGAAGAUGGGUUGCAUAAAAUGCAUAGGAUGCCAUCUAGGUCAAAGGAGGUACAUUUAAUUCAACUCCUUUCUGAAUGCUUUAGGGAAAAGCCUGAUUCGGUUAAAGAUGAUUCAAAUGUUGUGGAAGAAAAGGUUGAUGGUGUUCAUCAGCCACCACUGAAAAAUUGGUUGGGCUUUAAGAAGCCUGAACCGGUGGUGGAAAAAUCUGAGUCUGAGAAGGAGUUGGAUAUGUUGUGGGAAGAAAUGGAAACAUUGCUUAGACUUGAAAAAAUAAAUUCCCAGAUUGGAAGUGAAGGGACAAAUGAAGCAAGAGAAAACACACAAAGUCCAGCCUUCGUUUGUAAGCAUGACAUAUAUCUUGAGGAGCAGAUUGGGUUAUUAUGCAGAUAUUGUUCUUGGGUUCAGAUUGAGAUCAAGUACAUGACGCCCCCAAUUGCUCCGGAAAGAUCACGAAAAAGAAAAUCAUCUCUGGUAGAAAAUGUCUCAGACUUUGAUGGGGCUAAGUUUAACGUUUCUGUUGGUGACUCAGAAGCUGCUUGCUCUCUUAAUAAAGGCACGGUUUGGGACCUUAUUCCUAACAUCAAACAAAGCUUAUACAAUCAUCAACAAGAAGGUUUAGAGUUUAUCUGGACAAAUUUGGCAGGAACCAUUGACCUUCAUGAGUUGAAGAGUGCUGAUCCUUGUUGCCCUGGUGGAUGCAUUGUUUCUCAUGCUCCUGGAACUGGAAAAACAAGGUUGACCAUGGUGUUUCUUCAGACAUAUUUGGAAGUAUUUCCAAAAUGCCAACCUGUUAUUAUUGCUCCUGCUAACAUAUUGCUUACUUGGGAAGAUGAGUUCAAAAAAUGGGACAUGAAAAUUCCAUUCCACAACCUGAACAAUUCUGAAUUAUCUGGAAAAGAACAUGCUGAUGCCAUGAACGAUAUUGAUUGGUCUAGAAAUCUAUACCAGAAUAAGGACGCCAUACGUAUGGUAAAGCUGUAUUCAUGGUUCAAAGAAAAGAGCAUUCUAGGAAUCAGCUACCAUUUGUAUGAGAAGCUUGCCGGCGAUGUCGAAACCAAAAGGAAAAAUAGGAGUAUGAAAAAAGAGAAGAAAUAUGCACCUGCAAAAGUAAAUGGAGUGAUUAUGGGAAAGGUUCUGCGUGACAUUCCUGGUUUGUUAAUUUUAGAUGAAGGGCACACCCCAAGAAAUCAGGGUAGUCUUAUUUGGAAGGUUCUGUCAGAAAUUCAAACUCCUAAGCGAAUUAUCCUUUCAGGGACUCCUUUUCAGAAUAAUUUUCUGGAACUUUAUAAUACAUUGUGCUUAGUGAAACCUUCUUUUCCUGAGAAGAUACCUCAAGAACUGAAAAAGUUCUGCCAAAGUAGACUAAAGAAGGAAAAGAAAGCAUCUAAAAAUGGUAGUUGGGAACCGGUUUCUUCUGGAAAUCCUGCUGAUGAAAAAAUAAACAAGUUGAAAUUGCUUAUGGAUCCUUUUGUUCAUGUUCACAAAGGUAGUAUUCUUCAAAAGAACCUUCCUGGAUUGAGAGAAUGUGUUGUGACUCUGAAGCCAGACAAUUUGCAGAAAGAACUUCUACAUAGCAUUGAAUCUUCUCAGAACUCAUUCAAAUUUGAACACAAGUUGGCUUUGGUGUCUGUUCAUCCAUCACUUUUCCUCUGCUGCUCUCUAUCAAAAAAUGAAGAAUCUGUUGUUGACAAGGAUGAGUUGGAAAAGCUUAAAAUGAACCCGUUUGUAGGUGUCAAAACAAGAUUUUUGGUGGAGUUUGUGCGGUUGUGUGAGGUAUUUAAAGAGAAAGUUCUUGUUUUCAGCCAAUACAUUGACCCUUUGUCUUUAAUUAUGGACCAACUCAAGUCAGUUUUUAAUUGGUCUGAGGGGAAGGAAGUGCUUUAUAUGAAUGGCAAGCUUGAUCAGAAGCAAAAGCAGUUCCUGAUUCAUAGCUUCAAUGAUGCAAAUAGCCAAGCAAAGAUAUUACUUGCAUCUACAAAAGCAUGUUCUGAGGGAAUUAACUUAAUUGGAGCUUCAAGGGUUGUGCUUUUGGAUGUUGUUUGGAAUCCCUCAGUGGAAAGACAAGCUAUUAGCCGAGCAUAUAGACUUGGACAAAAGAGAGUUGUUUACACUUAUCAUCUCAUCACACAGGGAACCACUGAAUGUACAAAGUAUUGUAAACAGGCAGAAAAGGACAGGUUAUCUGAACUGGUUUUCUCAGCUAAAAAUACUGAAAAUGAUAAGUCAGAGAGUUGUGAAGCAAUUUUUGAGGAUGAAGUUCUUGAUCGGCUGGUUCGGCAUGACAAACUCAAGGACAUGUUUGGUGACUGCGUGGUACAGCCAAAGGAGAGAGAGAUUUAG